GAUGGGUACAGGGAUGAGUCUGCUGCAGAAAACACAACCCGCAGAGAAAUGAACAGAAACGGACGGUGCAUUAAAGUCUGGUCACUCGCAUGUACCUUCAUAGCAAACGCGAAUUGAACGAUGGAGCAUUCAGCAUCAGACACCGAGACCGAUGACUAUAAACAACCGCUUUUGCAGCGCAAAGAGGAAACACCAGAAAAGGCUCCGGCUUUGUGCUCUGCCCGUUACGGGCUGGCUUUGCUGGCCUGCUAUGGCUUCUUCGUGGCCUAUGCUCUGCGGGUCAACCUCAGCGUGGCCAUGGUCGACAUGCUCAACACCACCGGCUCCAGCAAUGCCAGCAAGUCCGUCUGCCCCAGACACAGCAGUCCGCCCAAGCCCAUACACGACCAUACGGCCAGUGUUUACGAAUGGGACUCGGAGACGCAGGGCUGGAUCCUGGGCUCGUUCUUCUACGGGUACAUUGUGACGCAGAUCCCCGGCGGCUACCUGGCCCGCAAGUACGGCGCCAAGUGGCUCCUGGGCUUCGGGAUCCUGGGCACCACCAUCUUCACGCUGCUCACACCCGUGGCAGCAGACCUGGGGGCCGGCUACCUCAUCGCCGUGCGCGUGCUGGAGGGCAUCGGCGAGGGGGUUACGUUUCCUGCCAUGCACGCUAUGUGGGGUUGCUGGGCCCCCCCACUGGAACGCAGCCGGCUGCUCACCAUUUCCUACGCAGGAGCUCAGUUGGGGACUGUGGUUGCCCUGCCGUUGUCUGGGAUGAUUUGCUUUUAUCUUGACUGGACCUAUGUCUUCUACUUCUUUGGAGCUGUUGGCUUGGUCUGGUUCAUCUUAUGGGCUGCGCUGGUCAGCAACACUCCCAGCACACAUCCCAGAAUAUCUGAACGAGAGAGACUCUACAUCACCGCCUCACUCAAACACGAGCUCUCUCCAACCUCCGACUAUAUCCCCUGGGGUUCCAUAUUCACGUCGUUGCCAUUGUGGGCUAUAGUAGUUGCCCAUUUCUCCUACAACUGGACAUUCUACACACUGCUCACCCUGCUCCCAACCUACAUGAAUGACAUACUGGGUUUCAGCAUAAAACAGAAUGGCAUGCUGUCUGCCCUGCCGUACCUGGGGUGCUGGAUAUUCGCCCUGCUGGGGGGCCAGAUGGCGGACUACUUUAGGGAGACCUGUCUCUUCCGCACCGUGGCCGUGCGCAAGGCCUUCUCCAUCAUCGGGAUGGUGGGGCCUGCGGUGUUCCUGGUUGCCGCGGGUUUCACAGACUGUGACUACAUCUUGGCUGUAGCCUUCCUCACCGUCUCCUCAUCGCUUGGAGGCCUCUCCGCCUCGGGAUUCAACAUCAACCACCUAGACAUCGCACCCUCUUAUGCGGGAAUUUUACUUGGGAUCACCAACUCUUUUGCCACCAUACCAGGAAUGGUUGGACCCGUCAUCGCUAGAUCACUAACAAAAUCAAACACUAUUGAGGAGUGGCGAACUGUCUUCUACAUCUCAGCUGGCAUCAACGUCUUCGGCUCCGCCUUCUUCACCCUGUUCGGGAAGGGGGCCGUACAGCCGUGGGCGGUCCAGCGCACACACGCCCAGUGAAGCUCAAGACGAGGGAACGCUGGUCACGCCUUUUAAAGAGGAUGCAUGUGGUAUGACCAAAAACACACAGUGGGACCCUGGACUUAGGGAUCAGUCUCCACUCGAUGUUAUAUUCGCACAAUUAUCAAGAUCUUACAAUGUUGUUUUGAUUUAUUAUGAUGUAUAUGUAAAUGAUUUUUUUUUUUUUUAACUUUUAUGUUUGCAGAACACUCUGUUAAUAUAACAAUGUAGGGUAACACUUUAUUUUAAUGGUUCACUAUUACAGUGGGUCUAUCACAUUACAGUUUAAUAACCAGUGUAACAAUAUUUAAUACCAUGUAAUACCAUGUACCAACCAUAACCCUAACCCCAGAUCGAAGUACAAAAUUGGUACAUGGUGUUACACAGUUAUUACAUGGUAUUAAAUACUAGUUAUUACACGGUACCUGAUGAGGUAGAUCCACUGUAACAAUGAACCAUUAAAAUAACAUGUUACCCAAUGUUGCCAUGUAUGCCAUGCCAUUAUCUGUGUAUCACCAUUCCAAUGAUGGUGCACUGUUUUGCCUAAUAUUUUUCACCAGAGCUGGUGUUCAACAUUCCUCAUGUCUUUUUGACGGCUGUCUGGAUACAUGCAUUUGUUGCUGUAAAUGAGAGACUCCACUUGUAUUUAAAUGGUGGAGCAAAAGGGAACAGUAGUGUGUUUUUCCUGUUAAAGGAUAGUCCACUGCACAUGUGAUAUGUCACUUUUGGGCUAAUAAGAUUACAUCUAAAUGGAUACUGGUUUGUGUAAAUGUAAAGGGCAUCUAAAACCCUGUGCGCUGAAAUUAGUUCAGUGAUUGAUUUUUAACUGAUUGAGAUGUUCAAAAAUGUGGCACAUUUAAGAAAGAGGCUCCUGAGAUAAAAUAAUGUUUCAUUCUACUUCACAAUUUGGUUUAGUUCAAGUGAAUGGCAAUGCGAGAUGCUAUGAAGUGCAGGUUUUGUAAAUGCUAAGGGAACAGUUUAAGCUUAAUAGCUUAAUCAAUAUCAGGGCUGAAGCUGAAUGCUAGUAUUGAAAGACUUUGACAUUGCUAUUAUGUUGACUUUGACAUCUUUGAUUAUUGGAUUAUGGUGACGCACCACUGCACCUCUUAACGUUUGGAAGCCAUAGCACAUCCAAUCCGUGUGUUUCAGGAAACCUUUAAUGUCACAGCCUUUAUUGUUCAGAAACAGGAUUACGAAAGAGCAGGUAUUCAGUUUGUGCUGACAGUAUGCCAACAGCAAUCUAUAGCCACUAGCAUUGUCGUGUUUGGCUCUUGGGUUACUGAUUAUGUGCCAGUUAUUUUCUUCUCACUGAAUAGCACCCAUUAUUUUCAACUGCAGUUGUUGAUGUAUGCAUAUAUAUAUAUGUAUGUCACAAACUUUUUUGCGUGUUAGUUCCAGACAUGUUGAGCUUACUGUGUUGAAAUGCUGGCGGCCUGGGGGUGCAUUUCUUGAAACGAUAGUUGCUUACUAUGUUAGCUACUUUGUUGUUUGCAAUACAGUUUCCCAUGGGUAACUACCCAAGUUGCUAACAGGCUAACAACUAUGCUUUCGAGAAAUGCACCCCUGGUCCAGUCCAAUGUGGUAAUCUACUCCGCAUCAGUUUUGAUUUAAGACGGCAUAUUUGGUCUGAUUUUAGGAGUACUUGUCCUGUGCAAUUCGCCAGGUGUCAACUAUCCACUCUCUUGAUGUGCCUUAAAGCAGUAAAUGCACUUUUAGUUCCACCUGAUGCAAGCAAUCAACACUGCAUAUCCGUUUCCUUUUAUUUUAGUCAGUCACUCAUGUGGCCUAUAGCGCAUAUAGGCAUAUUGUUGAUGAACACGUUGUUUUCCUCUAACGCAGUGUUUCCCAACCAGGGGUACGUGUACCACUAGGGGUACGCGGGCACACCUCAGGGGGUACGCGGAAAAAUGUGAUAAUGACAAUUGAAUAGAGUAUAGUCAUACUGGGAUAAAGGAAUAUAUAGAGAGCAUGAGAUAGGGGGUACUCAUGUUACAACAAAAAGGCUUAGGGCGUACGCGAGUCAAAAAAGGUUGGGAAACACUGCUCUAAAGUAUCUGUUAUUAUGCUGAUGUUAGUUCACAAAGUAAGCGUGCAAGAAUCUUACGAAAUUGACAAAGGAAAUGUUUGCAGGCUGGAUUUUAGCGAUGAUUGCUCUGGAGGGAGCGUGUGCCCCUCAUGCCUAUAGGGUCAAAGAUUUAUAACUGGCUCAGAAUACCUCAGGUGAAGGUUCAAGACCCCCUUUAUUCUUUUUGUUUGUUUGUUUGUUUGUUUGUUUGUUUGUUUGGUUUAACAGUUUCAUUCUUUCGUCAAUGGUGGGAUGUAUUACUUUUUCACUGAGAAGUCAAAUGCUAAUGUAUUGUAUUCACACAUUUUCACUCUGAAUAAGCUCAGAGUUAAUUGAAGUGAGGGAGAGUUAGUUUACCAACAGUACUUUUAUCUCCCCUGUUCAGCUGUUUUAACUGAAAUCAGAAGGGAAGGGAGUAUCAUACUCCUCUUUUCUUUUCUUUUUACACAAUAUGCUUAUUUUAUUCUGAGCAUUUUGUUUCUAUUGUAAUGUCUUUUUAUUAUAUGUUGUCAUUGGUGUCAAUGUGGCAAGGUUAUGUUCAGCAUUAUAAGGGUGGUCAGUCAUUUAACUUGAAAAGCAUCAUAACAACAGUAAAGUUUAAUUCUGUAGCAUAUGCAGGAAUACAAAGGCAUUCUUUGUCAAGAAUCUACCUUUGUGCCAGUCAGAUUGCAAUCAUGGAAUUCUGAUUAAAUACCUGUCAAACGGCA